UUAAAUUCUAAUAUGUAAGAUCUGGCAUUUCGAAAGUCAAUUUCCUCAAUUUUUUUUUUCUCAAAAUUUUAGUACAUACUGUACAUCAAUUACAGAUAUAUCGAAAUUUCCUCAGCCUGAGACGAACAACACUUGAAAACAUGUUCGCACCUAAAUUAUGCAGACCAGUUCCUUCAUUUAAAUUUCGGAUAGCGAGAUGUUUCUAUCGGCCACGACGAUUGAACAAAUAUUACGAUAUUUACAGAAUAGCUGCCCUUGCACGGGAGCGUGCCUGCUAUUUCACGUGCCAGCAGGCGACGCAGAACCUUCAGCAGCAGCAGCCACGGUUUUAUAGCGCUCCAGGAAGGAGGGCCGGCUUCUUCUCUCAGUUCAUUGACAACAUGCGUUCCGAGAUGGACAAGAAUAAGGAGAUCAAGGACAACAUUCGAAAGUUUCGGGAAGAGGCUCAGAAGCUGGAAGAGUCGGAUGCUUUGAAGUCGGCCCGCCAAAAGUUCAACAUCGUCGAAUCCGAAGCUCAGAAGUCGUCCAGCAAGCUCAAAGAACAGCUGGGUGCCAUCAAGGAGAAGGUGGGCGAUGUCCUGGAUGACGCUACCAAGUCGGACUUGGCCAAAAAGGUUAGCGAGGAGCUCUCAAAGACGGCGAAGGGUGUCAGUGACACGAUAACGGACACCAGCGGCAAGCUGGGACAGUCUGGCGCGUUCCAAGCCAUCUCCAGCACGACGACGGCUAUCAAAAAGGAGAUGGACAGCACGAGUAUAGACAACAGGGUGUAUCGAUCUCCGAUUCAGUUGCGCAAGCGUGUCCAGGUAGACCUGAGCGAUAGCGAUCGCGUUGUCGAGCCCAACACCGAGGCAACUGGUGUGGAGCUGCACAAGGACUCGAAGUUCUACCAGUCAUGGGAGAACUUUAAGAACAACAAUUCUUAUGUAAAUAAAGUAAUUGACUGGAAGAUGAAGUAUGAUGAGUCUGAGAACCCUAUGAUUCGAGCAUCCCGCCUCCUAACCGACAAGGUAUCCGAUGUAAUGGGAGGUCUCUUCUCGAAGACGGAACUUUCCGAAACGAUGACGGAGCUUGUCAAGAUCGACCCGAGCUUUGACCAGAAGGAGUUCUUACACGAUUGCGAGACGGACAUUAUUCCUAACAUUUUAGAGGCGAUUGUCCGGGGAGAUUUGGAGAUAUUAAAGGACUGGUGCUUUGAGAGCACGUACAAUAUUAUCGCCACCCCCAUAACGCAAGCGAAAAAGGCUGGCCUUUACCUGGACUCCAAAAUUCUGGAUAUCGAGAACAUCGAAUUAGCUAUGGGCAAAGUAAUGGAGCAAGGACCCGUGCUGAUCAUCACGUUCCAGGCGCAACAGAUCAUGUGCGUGCGAGACCAAAAAGCCCAGGUGGUCGAAGGUGAUCCGGAGAAGGUGAUGCGGGUGCACUACGUCUGGGUACUGUGCCGGGACCGCAACGAACUCAAUCCCAAAGCUGCUUGGCGGCUGAUGGAGUUAUCCGCCAACAGCCAGGAACAAUUUGUUUAGCGCGCUGUCACCCGCCAUUAUUUUUUACAGAGCAGUUUAAGUUUCCAUAAUUUCUCAAACCGCAAAACGAACAGAUCACUGGACACUGAGCAUAGACGACGAACUGACCACGAACUCGACCUGCAGGACUCCACCAGUGUGUACAAAAGUUUCGCUUUCGAUUGCUUUGAAAGUUUUGUCCGCCAUGGGCUGCUGGUCGGUCCUGAAACACUUCCGCCCCUUCAAUCUCCGGACCGCAGCAGUCCUCCGGCUGGCGACGCACCUUUCGUUCCUUGCGGCCACGCCCCCUACCGAACUGCCCGGUAAGGAGAGGGAUGUCGGUGCGGGGAUUGGCCGUCGGGAUCGUGGUUCCUCCGCUAGUGUCCUAACUAAACUGACUAAAUCUAGAACGUUGAAGCUUAAAGUGCAAGCGCACUAUGCCUGGCGGCAUAGACGCAACAGUAGAGACAUUAAGGCAAAUUGUUGAGUAUAGAGUUCUUUAGGUAUUUUAAGGCCUCCCCCACAUCAACCAUAUUAUAAAGAUAGAGAUCGCAUCUCGUGUAAAUACGGAAUUCGCCCGGCGCAGCCUGGGCAACGAAAAAUUGACUGUACACACGGAAUCCAAUGAGUUGUACGCAAGGCAGAACGCACUCAGAAUGUCUAAAAAAAAAUAAAAUUUUCAUAUUUUUGGAUCUACCAUUAAAGCUCCUGGUGAAUUCUUAAGAAAUAAGUGUUAAGUUUCCAAUCCUUUGUAUUCGAACAUCCUCAAAGGCUCCUAGCACGUGUAGAAAAUAAAAACCCCCAAUACUUUUACGAAAAAAUCAAA